UUAUCGAAUCCCAGAUGAGACAAUGCUGCUUGAUAUUGACUGGUUCCAAAAAGUCCGGGCCCGGAUCCAUUUCGAUGAACAAAAAUUACUCUUUAGGUAUCUAGGAAAAAGUAACGAAAUUCCUAUUAUUCAAACAUGUGAAGACAAAUUAGAAAUUCCUCAAGAAGCGUACAGUAGCAAUAAGGAUGACUUCUUUAAUACUUACGAAAGCGAAGAUGACCUAGAGGAGGUCGAGAGUUACCACACUGAUGACAUUUCAACAGAUAAUGAAGAAUUGUUUCUCAACCCCUGGGAAGAUGUGUAUAGCCCUGCCAUAUACUUAACUGCUAUUGAAGAAAUCUUCACCCUGGAAGCUACUAAAAAACCCGAAUCCACCCCUGUUGAUUUUAUUAGCGAAUUAGUAAAGGUCAAAACAUUAAAUGAAAAAUAG